AUGUCGAAGCUCGGGUCUCUUCAGCUCCCGCAUCUUCCUUCCGGCUCUUGCCCUCCAGCAAAUUUCGGGAAAUCACGUCCCAGGAAGUCCAAUGUUGUCUCGGCGGCUGCCACAGCGACUGUCGAGCCGGUCUUGACUGUCAAGGACUCGUCGGCCACGCUGUACCAGGUGCUUCGAGUCAAGGCUUCCGCCUCCCAGGCGGAGAUCAAGGCCGCUUAUCGUAGCUUGGCGAAGCUCUACCACCCGGAUUCGGCUUCAGCCAACGGAGACGAGGGCGACUUCGUCAAAUCAAUAAUGCCUACGCCAUAUUGUCUGAUCCAGCAGCCAGAGCUCGCUACGAUCUGUCUGUACGUGCACAUUGUAGUUCUAGAUACUCAAGCAUGGCGCCGCAGCCAACCAGAAGAUGGGAAACAGAUCAAUGCUGGUAGCUAUGACAGGACUGACUUUGAAAGCAUGUUUUUGCGAUAG